AUGCUGCUGCUACUCAAUCCCCCCCUUCCUCCUCCCCUCUCUGUCGUUCCUAAUUGGGUUCUUCUUCGAUCUCUUCUGGUCUCCGCCAUCUCAUCCAAGUCCUUCCUUCUCCGCCCCUCCCUAUGGGCCAUGUCUAUCCUUUCAAAGCCUAACCGAGGCUUCCUGUUGAACGUGGACCGCAACCCCAUCCUCCACGGCCUUUUGAAGAAGACCUUCUACGAGCAAUUCUGCGCAGGAGAGAAUGCCACCGAGACAAAGGCCACCAUUAAACAAUUGAAAGACAUGGGUUUCCGCGGCGUGAUAAUGACCUACGCAAAGGAAACCGUCUUCGACCACAGCACCGGCUCCGAGCAAGGCCUCGGUGUCGCCGCGCUAGAAGCACAAGAAAAAGGCGAAGCCUUGGACCCGGCCCUGGCCCGCUGCGCCAAUAUCGAGGCCUGGCGCAAGGGCACCAUCGAGACGGUCGAGCAAUUGGAGGACGGAGACUACCUAGCAGCGAUCUCCCCCCCGCAACAAAUGCUCGACGCCAUGGACGAAGUCUGCACAAAGUGUGAAGAGCGCAAUGUCCGCAUCCUCGUCGAUGCUGAAUCCCAGCAUUUCCAGUGGGGUAUUCUGCGAAUGACGCUCGACCUGAUGCGCAAGUUUAAUCGCAACGGCCACGCUCUCGUUUACAAUACCUACCAGGCCUAUUUGAAAAGUACCUCCGACACACUCGCCAAGCACCUCGCCGUGGCCCAAAGCGAAGGAUUCACCCUGGGUUUGAAACUCGUUCGCGGCGCGUAUAUUGCCUCGGACCAACGGUCUCUCAUCCACGACACGAAGGAAGAUACGGAUAACGCAUACAAUUCUAUCACAACGGGCGCUUUGAAGCAACGUAUCGGCGAAUUUGGCGCCGCUAAGGCUUGGCCUUCUGUUAAUUUGUUCCUUGCGAGCCAUAAUCGUGAAAGUGUCAUGGCAGCGCACCAGUUGCACAAGCAGCGUACUGUGGCAGGUCUGCCGACGGUGCCGGUCGGCUUUGCGCAGCUGCAUGGGAUGUCAGAUGAGGUUAGUUUCUCGCUGCUUCAGCUUAAGGGGUCGGAUGGGAGUCCGGAGGUUUAUAAGUGCUCUACUUGGGGUGGGAUGGGAGAGUGUCUGGCUUAUCUUUUGCGGAGGGCGAUUGAGAACCGGGACGCUGUUUUGCGGACGAGCGAUGAGUAUAAUGCUUUGAAGGGAGAGUUUGGGAGGAGGGUUAGGGGAAUGUUUUCUUUUUCGAGAUAA